AAGUAUAUGACAUAUCACCUACCUUCGUACCUAUCUAGGCACCCGCCAUCUGAGAGAUCGUGCAAGUGGAUCGUCUGCCCGGAGGGGGAGGGACGGCGCACGGCUCUCGCAUCCGAUGGGUCGGUUAGUACCUUUUGUCUGCUCAGUAUGCAACUUGCAGAGAAUUGUGCAUUGCAGACGUAUCCAUGACCUGUGUAGUUAGUGGAAAUAAGGACGUGUCAGAUGCGCGGGGUGAAUUGG